AUGAAUACCCUUCGCUAUAGGCUCGUAUGGCUGACAGCUCUGCUACUCUCGCUGGCACCAUGGGCAAAUGCAAAUGGCCAGCAAGUCAAUGCCACCCGGAACACGGUGCGCUACAAUCUCACGCUUACCUGGGACGAUUGGGCGCCUGCUGGGACUUCUCGAAAGAUGAUUCUCACUAAUGGUCAAUUCCCAGGACCGGAGUUACGUUUGCAACAGGGUGAUGAUGUUGAGGUCUUGGUGGUGAACAAUCUCCCUGAUCCUGCUACGAUUCAUUUCCAUGGAAUUGAACAGAUCAACACUCCUUGGUCUGACGGAACCCCGGGUCUAUCUCAGAAAAACAUUGCGCCUGGUGGUCGAUUCCUCUACAAGUGGCAUGCCGCUCAGUAUGGAAGCUACAUCUAUCAUGCUCACAGCAGAGGGCAGAUGGACGAUGGGCUUUACGGUGCCAUCUACAUCCAGCCGAACGACAACGUGGAAAAGCCCUUUGGCCAGAUCACCGAUAACAAGGGAGAGAUAAAUGCCAUGCACGAGGCGGAGAAGAAGUCUGCGCCAGUUGUCUUGUCAGACUGGCGUCAAUUGACCUCGGAGGAGAUAUGGCAUGCCGAGGAGGAAAUGGGACGUGAUGCAAUGUGUGCCAAUGCCCUCCUGGUCAAUGGGAAAGGCUCCGUAAGCUGCCUGAGUCGACAGGCCCUGGAUACGGCCACUACACCCGAGCAAAGGAAGGUGUUGGGCAAUACAAGCUUUACCGACAUAGGGUGUCUACCGCCAACAAAUGCGCUCGCACAAGGGAACUUCCCCCAUAACCUCAGCGCUAUUCCUCCUUCAGUGUUCUCUGGCUGCACUCCAUCCCAUGGGUCAACGGAGAAACUGCUUGUCGACCAGGCUGCUCAGUAUGUAAGCUACGAUUUGAUCAGCGCGGCCGGUAUAUCAGUGAUUACUUUUUCCAUCGAUGAACACCCCAUGUACGUCUACGCCGUCGAUGGGCGAUAUGUUGUACCGAACUUGGUCGAUGCGCUUACCGUCCCCAAUGGGGCUCGCUAUUCCGUCAUGGUGAAGCUGGAUAAACCGGCCGGUGACUACACUGUUCGGGUAGUAAAUACUGGCGUCAACCAAAUUCUCAACACAACUGCUAUCAUGUCAUAUAAAACCUCCCAGAAGACUCAACAGCAGCCUUCGACUCCUUGCAUUGACAUCACGGGGAGACCAUCAACCAACUGCAAGGUUUUGGACGAAGGCACCAUUGUUCCCUUCCCUGUUGAGGUGCCGGCUAAGGAGGUGGCCCAGACGCACGUUCUGAACAUCGAUCACUACCAUGCAUCCUACCUCUGGACCAUGGGCAACUCCAGCUAUCCCCUUAGCCUCGAGGAAUCCUCUCCACUCUUGUUUGACCCCUCUGCGGCGAAAACCGAUCUCAGUAUCAAAACACUCAACGGCACGUGGGUCGACCUGGUCUUCCACGUGGUCAGCUCGCUCCAACCUCCUCACCCAAUCCACAAGCAUUCCAACAAGUUCUUUGUGAUCGGCCAAGGCAACGGCGCAUGGAAAUACUCCUCCGUGGCGGAAGCAAUGAAGGUGAUCCCGGAGAGUUUCAACCUCAAGAACCCGCAGAUUCGUGAUACGUUUGUCACCCCUCCGGCCGCAACUGGACCUACCUGGUUGGUUAUUCGGUAUCAACCGAGCAAAGGCUGCGGCGAAUGCCGAUCUCGAAAGAUCCGUUGCGAUCAGGCCCGACCCGCCUGUUCGCAAUGCACCAAGGGCAACCGUGCAUGCUCUGGAUACAGAGACGAACUGUCUCUGAUGUUUCGCGAUGAAAGUCAGCAAGUAGUGCGCAAGGCCAAAACUGGGGCCACCGGUCGCCGCUCUAGAAAGAUUGCCCGUCGCAAUGUUUCCCCGCCCGGGAGUAGUAGUCCCCAGUCUGGCACUGGCCCAUCGUCGAUGCCAAGUGACGUGUCUAAUGCCUCCAAUCCGCAGCUGUCGCCGAUGACCGUGGAACAGCUGACUCCACAGUCUAUGGGCCCUGAGUUCCCACCGUCGUACCAGUUCACCCGCGAUGAAGCCGUCUGCUACUUUCUCCGCUUUCAUGGUUGGCCCGGGGUUUUUCGCAAGUCCGCGGAGUCGCCGAAAUUUGUCGCGCAGCCGGUGAUUUCUCCGAGCCAGCAAGCGAUGAGGGCGGCCAUAGUUUCGGUAGGGACGGCGAUGCUCUCGCGGCUCCGGCAAUCCACGGAAUUAAAAAUAACCGCCGAGAAGGAAUAUUGCCAUGCGCUCAGCCUUUUGACUACGGCAGUAGCGGAGGAGGAGGAGGCCAAGACGAACCCAACGCUUGCUGCGGUAUUGUUACUGGCGAUCUUCGAGGUCAUCACUAGUAGAACACUACAAAAUAUUAAGAAGUGGACCAGUCAUAUCUACGGUGCUGCCGCACUGCUUGAAUUGCGAGGCACAGAGCAGCUUCAGGACGAAGAUGGACUCAAGCUUUUUGUGCAGUUAAGGUUUCAAGUUAUCAUCAGCUGUCUCCAAAAGAGUGUCCGUGUACCUCCGCCGGUUCUCGAGUGCCCCAAGAUUGCCAUGUUUUUACGCCCAAAAGUUGAGGCGUACGGCGACCGCCUGAUUAGCAUCGCCGGUAGACUGUCGAAUCUUCGGGCCGAUAUUAACACGAAGGUCUUGACGGAUCAGGGGGAAAUUCUGUCCGCCGCAUACAACAUCGAGGCCGAACUGAUGUCAUGGACCGCGGCUCUUCCACCGGAAUUUCUCUACACGACGAUCGAAGACCCUUCUCCCGAUCUCUUGUUCGACAAGGUGGGUUGCAGCCUUGCACCAUUUAACGGUCGAUAUCACGUCUACAGUGAUCUCUGGGUCAGCCACACCUGGAAUCAAUACCGAUGCGCCCGGAUUAUUGUUAGUGAGAUCAUUCUGGGUUGUCUCCGACGAAUCACCAUCAAUUCGGCGGCGGCAGCUGUAUCAAAUGAAUUCCGAAGCCAUUGUACCAGACUUCGCAACACCACUCGCCAGCUAGCCACGGACAUAUGCUGCAGCGUUCCGUUUCAUUUUGGAGCGGGAAAUAUGAACACGAAACCUCUCGGCAGCAUCCCUUUGGGGCAGAGCUAUAUCGGGGGGCUGAUCCUCCUCUGGCCAUUGAUCCUGGCCGGGGCAACGGAACGCAAACGUCAUCCGCUACGGAGCUGGGUGAUCGAGUGCCUCUUUAUUAUCGGACACAGCAUGGGCAUCGACCAGGCUCUGCUUCUAAUUGACAUAUUAGAGACCGAAGUAGGCGUAUUUGACGGGGUGGAGGAUGGCGAGGACGGCGUUUUUUUCCGGGAGUCUGGCGGCACGACGGAGGGCAAUCAAGUUUUGACAGGGACUUGGGGGCCUUGA